GGCUCCCAAAAGGGAGACGUAGGGCGCAACACCGCAAUCACUGCAGGGCGGACGGCAGGAGGAGGUUCGUCGGAGGCUGCGCGUCGCGAGCGGUUCCCACGGUCUUGCCCCUGCUGUCGCCGUCACCGUCGUGGUCACCCGCCGCAGGUGUCUGCGGUUGAAUGCCAGGGCCCAGAAUGAUUUGGGCAAUAGCCGUGUUGCUCAGCCUGGUGCUGGGGGCCAGUGCCGCUCCCCAGGACAACCCCGAGGACGGAGGCAAGCACUGGGUGGUCAUCGUCGCAGGUUCCAACGGCUGGUUUAAUUACAGGCACCAGGCCGACGCGUGCCACGCCUACCAGAUCGUGCACCGCAAUGGCAUUCCCGACGAGCAGAUCAUUGUGAUGAUGUACGACGACAUCGCCAACGCGGAAGACAACCCCACGCCGGGAGUGGUGAUCAACAGGCCCAACGGCUCGGAUGUGUACGCCGGCGUCCUGAAGGACUACACUGGGGAGGAUGUCACGCCGGAAAACUUCCUUGCUGUGCUGAGAGGUGAUGCAGAAGCAGUGAAGGGCAAAGGGUCUGGGAAGGUCUUGAAGAGCGGCCCCCAGGACCACGUGUUUGUGUACUUCACGGACCACGGGGCCACGGGACUGCUGGCCUUUCCUAACGACGAUCUUCACGUGAAGGACCUGAACCAGACCAUCCGGUACAUGCACAAGCACAAGAAGUACCAGAAGAUGGUGUUCUACAUCGAGGCCUGUGAGUCCGGGUCCAUGAUGAAGCACCUGCCCACCGACAUCAACGUGUAUGCGACCACAGCUGCCAACCCCGACGAGUCCUCCUACGCCUGUUACUACGACGAGCAGAGGUCCACCUACCUGGGCGACUGGUACAGCGUCAACUGGAUGGAGGACUCGGACGUGGAGGACCUGACCAAAGAGACUCUCCACAAGCAGUACCAGCUCGUGAAAUCCCACACCAACACCAGCCACGUCAUGCAGUAUGGAAACAAGUCGAUCUCGACCAUGAAGCUGAUGCAGUUCCAGGGGAUGAGACACACCGCCAGCUCUCCUCUCUCGCUGCCUCCAGUCCAGCGCCUCGACCUCACUCCCAGCCCCGAGGUGCCCCUCAUGAUCAUGAAAAGGAAGCUGAUGGCCACCAAUGACCUGCAGGAGUCCAGGCGUCUCGUCGAGGCGAUCCACAGGCACCUGGAGAGCAGGAACAUCAUCGAGAAGUCGGUGCGGAAGAUCGUGUACCUGGUCACGGGGUCCGAUGACGAGGUGGAGCGGCUCCUGUCCCAGAGAGCCGAGCUCACGGCGCACGACUGCUACAAGGCCGCGGUGACGCACUUCCGCACGCACUGCUUCAACUGGCACUCCUCCACGUACGAGUACGCGCUGCGGCACCUGUACGUGCUGGCCAACCUCUGCGAGGUGCCUCAUCCCGUCGACAGAAUAAAGUCGGCCAUGGACCAGGUGUGCCUGGGCUACUACUGAGCUGCCACCUUCCUGCCGCUCUUCCACCUGCGAGCACCGCCCCUGAGCGCGUGUGCCAUCGGGAGUGGGGGGAGCGCGAGGGGGCCGGCCGCACUCCAGGCCCCUUCCUGCCUCCAGGUCUUCGGGUCUCUGGGUCUCCUGGUCCCCCGUGCAGCGAGCGAGCGCACCGGAAAGCUGCAGACUCACUGGGCACAGCCCUGUGCUAAGAGAGACCUCUCCGCUUCUGGGGAAGCUGUUCUGCUAGUUUUCAGGAACAGGAGGUUCCCCUGGGCCUCUCCAGCCAGUGGGAGAAUCCCCCCCUCCAUGCGGAGGAAUUUGAAGCUGGCGCCUCUUUAAGUCUUCAAAGUGAUUUCGUUGAAGGGCGAUGGAAGCUCCAAAUGGAAAUCUGUUAGAAAAUAAUACGUUUUGAUUGCUUCUAUGUUUUAUUCCUCGGUAAUGAGCACGUCUUGAAAAAUAAAGAUUGUCACUGAACCCGUGUCUUAAUUUCGGGCGUUGACUAGGCAAUGUCUGCCCCUGGCCUCCCCUCCCUCGCUCCCCUGCCCACCGCUCUGCGUCCGCCCUGCUGCCCCUGGGACCACCCAGCCUCCCUGUCUUGGCUUCCUGGUCUCCCUCUCGCCCCGCAGUGCCUUGCCCUCCAUCUGAUGCAUCCUCAAGGUGUGUCUGGAAGUGCUGCUUCCCUCCACCCCAACAACCUUCUCCAGCUUCCUCCUCCCCCACCUGCCAAAAGUCCACCCCCCCCCCCCCCACCUGCACUGUCUUUGCAUCUCAGCAGCGGGGCAGGGUCGCCCCUUACACCAGGGGUAGGGCCUGUGGAGAGUGUUUUUGAACUGAUGGAAAUGCUCUAAAAUCGGUUGUUGUGAUGAUUGUAGAACUCUUCAGUAGACGAAAACCCAUCGAAUUGUACAUGCUAAGUGGAAGUUACGUGGUUUGUUCAUCAUACUUCAAUAAAGCUGUUUUUCAAACUAA